UCUCUCUCUCUUUCUUUUCUUCUCCUUUUUUACUGCUACAUCCUUCACAACAUACACCACAAAAAAAUAUCUAAACAUAAAAUAUCUACUCUCUCUCUCUACAUCAUCAAACCGCCCAACCUUUCUUUCUUUCAUGAACAUCUACAACCUCACUCAUUUUCUUACUAACACAUAUUAUCUCUGUUAAAACUACAACAACAACUUCAUUUAAACCAACUAAAAAAAAACCAUAACCAUCUUCAUCACCAUCAUCACUACUUUAACUAUAUAAAACUCUUCACUCUCCACAAACACACAUUUUUUCUUCAAACACCACAACUUCUUACAACUACCAUCAUCAACCUCACCUAACUCAUUUCAUCUCACUACACCAUAACAACAACAACAUCUACAACCACAACAUCAAACUUACCACAACAACCUUAAACUCAUCAUCAUAUUUCUAUAAGUUGGAAGCUUUUUUUGUUUCAUUUCAAGAGGCAUUCAGAAGACAUGGGUGGCAAUCAAAAAAGUACUUAUUCAUUCAAGUUCAGGAAUCCAAAGCUAGGAUUGAUUAAGGGGUUGAUCUCAGAUGUGAAAAAAAUCAGAAGGAACAACUUUUGUGUUGAGUAUGGUGACCUGUUGACUAUCAUGAACACUGAGGUGGAUGCUUGGGCCAUUUUCACUUUGGCACAAUUCUAUGAUCCUCCCUUGCGGUGUUUCACAUUCCAGGACUUCCAGUUGGCGCCAACAUUGGAAGAGUUCUCACAUAUAGCAAACAUUGGUAUCAAGGAUGAAGUCCCUUACACCGGUCUAGGGGAAUUUCCUACACAUCAACAAAUAGGUUCAUCUAUACAUCUAGAUAAAGCGGAAGUGAAGGCUAAUCUUGGACCAAAAGGAGGCACUUCGGGAUUCACUUUGAAGUUCUUAGUGGGAAAAGCUUCAGAUUUCAAAAUUAAAGAAGAUUGGGUCGCUUUCAAUGCUGUGUUAGCCUUGAUACUCUAUGGGAUUGUCUUGUUCCCGAACAUUGAUGACUUCGUGGACAUGACUGCUAUACGAAUUUUCUUGCUCAAGAAUCCCAUUCCCACCUUGCUUGCAGAUGUUUAUCACUCCAUUCAUUGGAGAAAUGAGAAGAAGGGGGGAUGAUCCAGUGUUGCGCUCCUUUACUGUAUAAAUGGUUCUUAUCUCACUUACCAAGCGAAGGACCUUUUGUUCAGAGCAAGGAUAACCUCAAGUGGUCUCAAAAACUCAUGUCUCUCACUGCCAAUGACAUCGCCUGGUACUCUCGUGUUUAUGAUGAUAUGGACAUAAUCGUCAAAUGUGGCAACUUCCAUAAUGUGCCACUCAUAGGAACUCGAGGUUGCAUCAAUUACAACCCUGAGCUUGCUAUGUGGCAACUUGGGUUUCCUAUGAAUGACAAACCAGAAGACAAGUUGUUAGAAGGUUUCUUGCUGGAAGAAGGAGUGAAGGACUUUGAUCUGGUGAAGAGGAUAGGUCGUGCCUGGACUAAAGUUUGUAGAGAAGGAAAAAGGGAGCGUGGAAAGAAGAAUUGUAUAGCUAGAGGGCCAUAUACAAGUUGGGUCCAAGCCAGAGCUUCUCAAGAUAAACUACCAUACCCUUAUGAGCCUCCAAUGCAUAAAAAUCCUCCAGAACCUACUCACGUCACUAUAGAGGAAGCUAAAGAACUCAAAGUUGUCAUCCAAAGUUUGGAAAAAGAGAAUGAAGAGCUACGGUUGAACCUUCUCCGAAUUACUGAAGAAAGGGAUAAUCAUAAGUGGGAGCUUGGGCGGAAGAAAACACAACUUCAAGCAAAUGUGGAAAGGACUGAUAAGGAGGAAUAUAAGAGAAAAAGAGUCAAACAGGGGUUAGAUCAGGCUGAGAGCUGCUUGAAUACCGUCAAAAGCCAACUGAAAGAGGCUGAGAGGGAUUGUCGUGAGAAAGAGAAAUGGUGGAAGCUCGCCACAAAACAAAAAAAGGAGAUAAGAGAGACGCUUGAGGCUGAGAUAGCCAACCUCAAUGUUUCACUCUUUGAAUCAAAAGAAAGGGAAGAACGAGAACGCCGCAGUAAAGAGAGUGUUAUGGCUGCUACUCAGGUUACACCUGAAAUGUGGAAUGGAAAGUGCCAGGAGGCUGAAAAUGCUAAUGAGUGGGAACGAUACUGGAGAGGCCGACAUGACUCUUUGCUACAAGAAGGUGAAGAUUGGAUGAACGCAAGGGAAAAUGUGAAUGCUAGUUUGGCAGCCUGCGAGGAAACCAUCCAGUUUUUACAUGAACAAAGAAAUGAGUAUCGAGACAAGUUUGCCAGUUUGAUAGACUUCUGUAAUGGCAUGGCUACGAAUGUGCCUUUGAUGCUAAGAUGUGCUUUGGAAGACAUAGACAAUGACAACAUCCCUCGUUCAGUGACUGAAUUUAUUUAUCUUUGUGAAGACAUGAUAAAAAGGUUCAAAGGAGAGUUGGAAGAUCUCAACAAACAGAAGCCUGCAGUUUGA